CGUUUGAACCUGGGAGGCACAGGUUUCAGUGAGUCGAGAUCGCGGUAAUGUACUCCAGCCUGGGCGACAGCGAGACUCAGUCUCAAAAACAAAAAAAACAUUCGACUUAAAAUAGUUCUGGAGCGAAUGGGUUUGUAUUUCUUAACCCAGUUCCUCAAAGCCUGUAGCUCUGUUAAGAAAAUAAAAGCCAUUGGUCAAGCCAGCUUCGUCCCUCCCCCGUCUCUCCACCCUCCCCCAACCUCCGCUCCCGCCACUUCCUGGGGCUUGGAGGAGGGGUAAGGGAGGGGACUGUAGGCGUCACAUUUCCCGCCUGCGCGCUUUUCAUUUUGUGUCCGCUGUGGGUAGGGGAAGGGGUAACGUAGAUAUAUAAAGAUCGGUUCCCCAUUCUCUCUCUUUGGUUAAUUCUUAACCCAGUUCCUCAAAGCCUGUAGCUCUGUUAAGAAAGUAAGUCAUUGGUCAAGCCAGCUUGGUCCCACCCCCGUCUCCCCACCCUCCCCCAACCGCUGCUCCCGCCACUUCCUGGGGCUUGGAGGAGGGGUUGAGGGAGGGGACUAGGCGUCACAUUUCCCGCCUGCGCGCUUUCAUUCUGUGUGAGCUAGGGUUGGGGGAAGGGGUAACGUAGAUAUAUAAAGAUCGGUUCCCCUAUUCUCUCUCACUUGCUCUUGGUUCACUUCUUACGAAGUCAUGUCUGGACGUGGUAAGGGCGGGAAGGGUUUGGGUAAGGGGGGUGCCAAGCGCCACCGCAAGGUGUUGCGCGACAACAUCCAGGGCAUCACCAAGCCGGCCAUCCGGCGUCUGGCCCGGCGUGGCGGUGUCAAGAGGAUCUCUGGUCUGAUCUACGAGGAGACUCGCGGGGUGCUCAAGGUGUUCUUGGAGAACGUGAUUCGUGACGCUGUCACCUAUACGGAGCACGCCAAGCGCAAGACGGUCACUGCUAUGGACGUGGUCUACGCGCUCAAGCGCCAGGGACGCACCCUUUAUGGCUUUGGCGGCUAAGGUUGCUGCUUUCUCCACAGCUUGCAUUUCUGAACCAAAGGCCCUUCUCAGGGCCGCCCAACUGAACAAAAGAAGAGCUGUAUCCUUUAAGCCAAGAAGAUCAAUGUAGAAUUAACAUGAAUGAUAAUGAGCUGACAUCGUAGAAAGGAAAGAUUACUGGAACUGCAAGUUUGCCCUCCACUCACUAGAUAUGGGUAGAGGAAGAAAGAUAUUCCAACUCUGAAGAGUGAGUGGGAAAAAACUGAGUUAAAAAUUUGUGUUAGUUUCCAAGGGAUAAAGAGAAGCGCUGCCCAAUCAGUGAGCGCCGUUCGUAGCUGUCAACCAAUCAGAACUGAUAAGCUAAUGUUUACUGAGGCAAGCCAGAGAGUCGGAGGGGAAGCUAAAAAGCUUAUUGAGAAAGGACAAAACCCUGUUUUAGUAAAAAAAUAUAUAUAUUUUUUUUAGCGAUUAGGAAAUAAAAUCACAGAGACUUUUAAGUAUCCCUCAAUCAUGUACUGAGAGCAAUACUUUGCCUCGAUUCAAAAGAUCCUGAAAAUUGAAACCCCAGUUAGACUCCUGGAAUACCCAGGACACUAAAUUCAGGGGCGAUUAAAAUCUGUUUUAGAGAGAAAAAUCACUUUUUUCAGUGUUACCCGGCCUUCAGCAGUUAGCCUUUUUUUUUUCCCCCUUUAUGUAGAAAUUGAAAUUUGGGUGAUAGAAAUAUUCUGAAAUUAAAUUGUGAUGAUGGUUGUACAACUAAGUAAACAUGGUAAAAUUCAUUGAAUUGUAGCUAAAGUGGGCAAAUUUUAUAGUAUGUUAAAUAUCAAUAAAGCUGAUUUCUUUAUAUAUAUACAUUUACAUAUUUUUAUAUAUGCAGAGAGAGAAAUGAUGCAGGCAGGGUGGCAGGACAUGAGGUUGGUAGCAUAGGCGAUGUUGGUCUGUGAAGGGCCACCUGUGCUAAACCUGUGCUAAGCCUGGGGUUUGUCCAGUCAAGUCAUUGUAGCCACAGUUUUAAAGGAUGUUCUUGAGGCAGUUACGUGUUCCAGUAGUACAUCCAGCUUCAGAACUCAGCUGGAAAACAGAUGUGAACUUGAGAUUAGCUAAUAGGGAAAUAUCUUACUCUCAUCUGAGUAAAUACUCACAAAUGCCUCUCAUUGUGUUCUUUUCGGUACCAUUGUUAUAGAGGACUGAUUUCAGCCUCACUAUGUUAGCUUCAGUGAUGGAUUCCUCUUUAUUUUGAGGUCCUGUUUUCCACCUGACAGUUUUCAUCCAGGAUUUCUUGAGUACCCAGCUUAGCUUAAUUUAAAACAAGUACCCAGCUUGGUUUAAUUUAAAACUGACAAUGGAGUGAAUUCAUAGCUGCAUCCUGGAAUCAGAGGAGCAAAAAUGAGCCUAGUAUGGAGUGUGGGUCAUUUUAUGCCUUUCUUAGCUGGUAUUUUAAAGAUAUUUAUUGAUCUCGUAUGCCAGAUAUUGUUGUAGACAUUGGGGUACAUAAGUUAGCAAAUUUUAAUUCCCGUUCCUGAAUUUCAGAGUCAAUGUAGAGGGGUGUGUGGAUAUAGAUUACCCAUAUGGGAGCUAUAGUCGCUCUAACAAUAGCCAUGACUAGCUCCUGUUAUGUUUUGCCUGGCCUUUUUAACUCAUAACAUUGCUGAUAGGUCAUACUCAUCUUAGGCAUACUUGCCACCACCUUGGGCCUUCUUCAAUCCUAACACUCAUGAAGUCCUUGUUCAGAAUGAAGAUGUUGCUUAAUUUGCAGCCCCUAGACUAACCCCCCAGAUUUUCUAAAGAGAAACUGCACACUGAUUGCUUCAGGCAGUGGCAGGUCAAGGAAUGAGAGAUGGGGAAUUGAUUGUGUUAGCAUUCUAGUGGGCUUAGUGGGGAGCCUGGAGACUUACAUAGAAGAUUCAAGCAUGCAUUCAUUCAACAAACCUCUAUAAACUAUCUGUUAAGUGUCAGCCCUGUUCUGUUUGUUAAAUAUAUUGUUACAUAUAUAGUUACAGGUGGGGAAAUUUUAUAUAUAUAUAUGCUAUUGAGGAUAGUCAGCUACAUACCAUAUGCUAAAUGAGCAGAGAAGCAUAUUAUUUUACAAAGGAUGAUUAUGGGAGGUCUCUUUCUUAAGGUAGGUAUUUGAGGAGAGGCUUGAAUGAGAUGAGAUCUAGAGCUAUUCAGAUAUCCAGGAUAAGAUCCUUCUAGGGAGAAACAAUAAAUAUAAAGGUGCUGAUGCUGGAGAUGCUGGAAAUGCUUGGUCCAUUCCAGAAACAGCUAGGAGGUCAGUGAAGAGAAAGAAUUGGGAAGAGAAUGAGGUCAGAGGGUAGCCAGAGUACAGAUCUAGUAGGGACUCCUAAGUAGGUUGAGAAACUCAUCCUAGUUUGCUUGGGACUUUCUAAGUUUCAGCACUGAAAGUCCUACACCCUGAGAAACCCCUGAGAGUCAGGCAAACUGUAAUGAUUGGUCAUCUUGUAGGCUAUGAUAAGGAUGCUGGAUUUUAUUAUGAAGGUGAUGGAGAGCCACUGGAAUGUUUUCAGCAGACAGUGGACAUAAUACCUUUAAAAAGGAUCACUGUUGCUACUGGA